AUGAUCCAAAGGGACAUUGCUAUCAUCGGCGCAGGCUUGUCUGGCCUUGCUUUGGCACUUGCUCUUCACAAGCAGUCUAUCCCAUGCACAGUAUACGAGUCCCGCUCCGCCUCACUCGACAUUGGCGGUGCGGUCAUGUUGUCCCCCAACGCCCUGCGAAUCCUCGAUUCACUGGGAAUCUAUGAGAAGGCCAAGCCAGAGGGAUUUCACUUCCGAGACAUACACUUUCGCACGAAUGUCCCCUUGGACUCAUACGAAUUUGGAAACCGAGAAAAAUACGGAUAUGACGGGCUUCGUAUCUUCCGAUACAAGUUGAUAGACGCGCUUCUGAUCGCGACCAAAGAGCGGGGAAUCCAAAUAGAAUACGGCAAGAAGUUUGUCAAAAUUCUCAACGAGACCGAAACAGAUGUCUCCUGGGGUUUUGAGGACGGCACCACAGGACAGGCAGCAUGCUUGAUCGGGGCAGAUGGAAUCCAUUCACGAGUUCGCAAAUACCUAUAUCCAGACCUGGAGCCUAAGUUCACCAAUGCUGUUGGUGUCAAUGCCGCUGUGCCGACUGCUCAAUUGAAUCUCCCUGACUCAUUUGAGAUCCCGGUGACGAUCAUGAACCCCAAACAUGGGGCUUUUAUAAUCGCACCACAGCUUGCAGAUGGCUCGGAAGUCUUCAUCGGCAAGCAGAAACGCGCCCCGGAACUAGACCGUGAAGGCUGGGCUGCCCUUCUCAACGACAAGCAAUGGUGCGUUGACUUCUUUCGACAAGGAGCCGCGGAUUUUCCUGAGGUCGUGCAAAAUGCAGUGUCAAAGAUUGAACUUGACCGAGUCAGUAUCUGGCCUUUCUAUUUCGUCCCCAAGUUGGAAAAUUGGACUUCAAAGCACUCUCGUGUAGUUAUUCUUGGCGACGCCGCGCACGCCAUCCCACCUACUGCUGGUCAAGGUAUCAAUCAGGCAUUUGAGGAUGUCUAUACUUUCGCAGUGAUAUUCCACAGAUGCAAGCCCCAAGAACUUCAGCGUGGACUGAAGAUUUGGCAGCGAGGUCGUCAGGAACGGGUUGACCGGAUCUUGGAGCUCAAUGCCCGGAUUGAUGCUCGGCGGCUUCCUAGACUCCCAGGGGCUGAGAAAUCGGAUGUUGAAUCCAAGCCUUUUGAUCUGGAUUGGCUUUAUAGACCUGAUUUUGACCAGAUGGCGAAGACUUGGCUGGAGCAGGCUGUUCAAGCGUGA